GCCUCCAGGUUCCGCCCCGAUCCCGGCGGUGGGGGAGAGCCGCUGCCGCUGGUUCUCUGGCGCGGCGCUUCCUCGGUUCUGGCUCCCCGCCGCGCCGCAGCCCUGCCCAGUCUCUCUCCCGCAGCCCGGAGGGCUCCUCCGCGCCGCACGUGAGCGCGCCCGCCAACAGGGCCACUGCCGCGAUACUUUUCUGCUGUGAGAAUGUAAGAUGGAUCCAGAAGAGCAGGAGCUCUUAAAUGAUUACAGAUACAGAAGCUACUCUUCAGUGAUUGAAAAGGCUUUGAGAAAUUUUGAGUCCUCGAGUGAAUGGGCGGAUCUCAUAUCUUCACUUGGCAAACUCAACAAGGCUCUUCAGAGUAACCUGAGGUACUCCUUGUUGCCAAGACGGCUCCUCAUCAGCAAAAGAUUAGCUCAGUGUUUGCAUCCUGCCCUGCCCAGUGGUGUGCACUUAAAAGCUCUAGAAACCUACGAGAUUAUCUUUAAAAUUGUGGGGACCAAAUGGCUGGCCAAGGACUUGUUUCUGUACAGCUGCGGGUUAUUUCCUCUCCUGGCACACGCGGCAGUGUCGGUGAGGCCGGUGCUGCUCACCCUGUACGAGAAGUACUUCCUCCCACUGCAGAAGCUGCUCCUGCCCAGUCUGCAGGCCUUCAUCGUUGGCCUGCUGCCCGGCCUGGAAGAGGGCUCCGAGAUCUCCGACAGAACGGAUGCUCUGCUCCUGAGACUGUCGCUGGUGGUUGGCAAAGAGGUGUUUUACACCGCCCUCUGGGGGAGCGUCCUGGCCAGCCCGUCCAUCCGCCUCCCUGCCUCAGUCUUCGUGGUGGGCCACAUCAACAGGGAUGCCCCCGGCCGGGAGCAGAAGUACAUGCUAGGGACCAAUCACCAACUCACGGUGAAAUCUUUGUGUGCCUCCCUGUUGGACUCAAAUGUUCUUGUGCAAAGAAAUAAUCUGGAAAUCGUUCUGUUUUUCUUCCCAUUUUAUACCUGUCUGGAUUCCAAUGAGAGAACCAUCCCCCUCCUCAGAUCUGACAUCGUGCGCAUUCUCUCAGCCGCCACCCAGACCCUACUGAGAAGGGACAUGUCCCUGAACAGAAGACUGUAUGCAUGGUUACUAGGCUCAGAUAUUAAAGGAAAUACCAUUGUGCCAGAAUCUGAAAUCUCAAAUUCUUAUGAAGACCAGUCGUCUUAUUUUUUUGAAAAAUACUCCAAGGAUCUUUUAGUUGAGGGUUUGGCUGAGAUAUUGCAUCAGAAGUUCAUAGAUGCCGACGUGGAGGAACGCCAUCAUGCAUACCUGAAGCCUUUUCGCGUCCUCAUCAGUCUGCUUGACAAGCCAGAAAUAGGGCCUCAAGUGGUUGGGAAUUUGUUUCUCGAAGUCAUCAGGGCCUUUUAUUCUUACUGCAGAGAUGCCCUUGGCUCUGAUCUUAAACUUAGCUACACCCAGAGUGGAAAUUCGCUGAUAAGUGCAAUCAAAGAAAACAGAAAUGCCUCUGAGAUUGUCAAAACGGUAAAUUUGCUGAUCACUUCUCUAAGCACAGACUUUCUCUGGGAUUAUAUGACAAGAUGUUUUGAGGAAUGCUUUAGACCAGUGAAGCAGCGUUACAACGUGAGGAACAGCGUCAGCCCUCCCCCCACGGUCUCGGAGCUCUGCGCCCUCCUGGUCUUCCUGCUGGAUGUCAUUCCCUUGGAACUUUACUCUGAGGUGCAAACCCAGUAUCUCCCUCAGGUGCUCGGUUGCCUGGUGCAGCCUCUUGCUGAGGACAUGGAGGCCUUAAGUUUACCUGAACUCACGCAUGCCUUGAAGACAUGUUUCAAGGUGCUCAGCAAAGUCCAGAUGCCACCUUCCUACCUCGACACGGAGUCCAGCAGCGGAACCUCGAGCCCAGUAAAAGGUGAGAACGGCAAAAUAAUUUUGGAAACAAAGGCAGUGAUUCCCGGUGACGAAGAUGCUUCGUUUCCCCCUCUGAAGUCUGAGGACAGUGGGAUCGGGCUCAGUGCCUCGUCACCAGAGCUCUCUGAGCACUUGAGGGUUCCUCGAGUUUCUCUGGAAAGGGACGACGUUUGGAAGAAGAGCGGGAGCAUGCAGAGGACGUUUCUUUGCAUCCAAGAGCUAAUCGCCAACUUUGCCAGGAAGAACAUUUUUGGAGUACAGCUGACAGCGUCAGGAGAAGAAAGCAAGUCCGAGGAGCCUGCAGGGAAGAGGGACAGGGAUGGGACGCAGAGCCUGGCAGCCAAUGAUUCCAGCAGGAAGAACUCUUGGGAGCCCAAGCCCAUCACUGUGCCUCAAUUCAAGCAGAUGCUUUCAGACUUGUUCACAGCACGAGGGUCUCCAUUCAAGACAAAAAGUUCAGAGUCACCAUCGUCUUCGCCCAGCAGCCCUGCCAGGAAAAACGGGAGAGAAUGGGAUGUUGAGCAGGUGGUCAUUGACCUGGGGGGUUCCAGGGAGGAAUGCAGGGAGGCCUUUGCUGCCGCCUGCCACCUGCUGCUGGACUGUGCCACCUUCCCUGUCUACCUGUCCGAGGAAGAGACCGAGCAGCUCUGUGCAACACUCUUUCAGCUGCCAGGAGCUGGUGAUUCCAGUUUUCCAUCUUGGCUGAAGUCCCUCAUGACUAUUUGCUGCUGUGUGACUGACUGCUACCUCCAGAACGUGGCCAUUUCCACUCUGCUGGAAGUGAUAAACCAUUCCCAGUCCCUGGCCCUUGUCAUUGAAGACAAGAUGAAACGCUAUAAGAGCUCUGGACACAACCCUUUUUUUGGCAAGCUACAGAUGGUGACGGUUCCUCCCAUUGCUCCGGGGAUAUUGAAAGUCAUUGCAGAGAAAACAGAUUUCUAUCAGAGGGUGGCUCGUGUGCUUUGGAAUCAGCUGAACAAAGAGACCCGGGAGCAUCACGUCACCUGUGUAGAAUUGUUCUACCGGCUGCACUGCCUAGCCCCGACGGCCAACAUCUGCGAGGACAUCAUCUGCCAUGCCCUCCUGGACCUUGACAAGGGAACAAGGCUGGAAGCUCUGUUUAGAUUUUCCGUGAUCUGGCACCUGACAAGAGAGAUCCAAGGCAGUCGAGUAACAUCGCACAAUCGCUCCUUUGAUAGGUCCUUGUUUGUCGUGCUGGACAGCCUGGCCUGCACGGAUGGCGCCAUCGGUGCAGCAGCCCAGGGCUGGCUGGUGCGUGCGCUCUCCCUCGGGGACGUGGCUCGCAUCCUCGAACCCGUGCUCCUGCUCCUGCUGCAGCCAAAAACCCAGAGAACCUCCAUCCAUUGCCUCAAGCAGGAGAACUCGGCUGAUGACUUGCACCGUUGGUUUAACAGGAAGAAAACCUCUUUCAGAGAGGCAUGUGCAGUGCCCGAGCCUCAGGAGAGCGGCUCUGAAGAGCACCUGCCUCUGAGCCAGUUCACCACAGUGGACCGUGAAGCCAUUUGGGCCGAAGUGGAGAAGGAGCCUGAGAAGUACCCGCCGCGAGGCGAGCUGAGCGAGGAAGAGCUGCCCUACUACGUGGAGCUUCCAGACAGGACGGCCCACGGCGCCCCGGACAGCAGCGAGCACACCGAGUCUGCAGAUACAAGCUCCGGCCACACGGACAGCGAGAACACGUCCUCCUUCUCCUCCCCUUCCCACGACCCGCAGGAGCUGAGCAACGAAGAGAACUGCUGUGCGCCCAUCCCCAUGGGGGGCAGGGCAUACCCCAAGCGCUCGGCCCUGCUGACGGCCUUCCAGUCAGAAAGCUUCAAGGCUGGGGCCAAGUUAAGCCUGGUGCGGGUGGACUCGGACAAGACGCAGGCUUCUGAGUCGUUCUCCAGCGACGAGGAGGCCGACUUGGAGCUCCAGGCCCUCACCACAUCCAGGCUGCUGAAGCAGCAGCGGGAAAGGCAGGAGGCCGUCGAGGCCUUGUUCAAGCACAUCCUGCUCUACCUGCAGCCCUACGACUCUCGGCGGGUCCUCUACGCCUUCUCGGUGCUGGAGGCUGUGCUCAAAACCAACCCUAAGGAAUUCAUCGAGGCUGUGUCCAGGACUAGCAUGGACACCAGCUCCACCGCGCACCUCAACCUCAUCUCCAACCUCCUCGCUCGCCACCAGGAGGCCCUCAUUGGCCAGAGUUUCUACGGAAAGCUGCAGACCCAGGCCCCCAACGUGUGCCCCCACUCUCUGCUCCUGGAGCUGCUCACCUACCUCUGCCUGAGCUUCCUGCGCUCCUACUACCCUUGCUAUUUGAAAGUCUCGCACCGAGACAUUCUCGGCAACCGGGACGUGCAGGUCAAAAGUGUCGAGGUUUUGAUCAGGAUAAUGAUGCAGCUGGUCUCGGUGGCCAAGUCUUCGGAAGGGAAGAACGUGGAGUUCAUCCACAGCUUGCUGCAGAGGUGCAAAGUUCAGGAGUUUGUCCUGCUCUCCCUGUCGGCGUCCAUGUACACGAGCCAGAAGCGCUACGGGCUGGCCACCGCCCACCACGGCAGGGCCCUGCCCGAGGACAGCCUCUUUGAGGAGAGUCUCAUUAACUUGGGUCAGGACCAGAUCUGGAGUGAGCACCCGCUGCAGAUUGAGCUGCUGAAGCUGCUGCAGGUGCUGAUUGUCUUGGAACACCACCUGGGUCGGGCCCACGAGGAGGCGGAAAACCAGCCCGACCUGUCCCGGGAGUGGCAGAGAGCCCUGAACUUCCAGCAGGCCAUCAGCGCCCUGCAGUACGUGCAGCCCCACCCCCUCACCUCCCAGGGGCUGCUGGUCUCUGCGGUGGUGAGGGGUCUGCAGCCCGCCUACGGCUACGGCAUGCAUCCGGCCUGGGUGAGCUUGGUCACACAUUCUUUGCCCUACUUCGGAAAGUCCCUGGGCUGGACGGUGACGCCCUUUGUUGUCCAGAUUUGCAAAAACUUGGAUGACUUGGUCAAGCAGUAUGAAAGCGAAUCUGUGAAGCUCUCUGUCAGCACAACCUCCAAGAGGGAAAACAUUUCUCCAGAUUAUCCACUCACCCUUCUAGAAGGUCUAACGACCAUUAGUCAUUUUUGUCUUUUGGAACAAGCCAACCAAAACAAAAAGACCAUGGCCGCAGGUGAUCCUGCCAACUUGAGGAAUGCCAGAAAUGCCAUUUUGGAAGAGCUGCCUCGAACUGUUAACACCAUGGCCCUUCUCUGGAAUGUUCUCAGAAAGGAGGAGACUCAGAAGAGACCUGUCGAUCUCCUAGGGGCCACGAAGGGAUCCUCUUCCGUUUACUUUAAAACCACCAAAACCAUAAGACAAAAAAUUUUAGACUUCUUAAACCCCUUAACGGCCCAUCUUGGGGUUCAGUUGACAGCGGCUGUUGCGGCAGUGUGGAGCAGAAAGAAAGCCCAGCGUCAUAGUAAGAUGAAGAUUAUCCCAACGGCAAGUGCAUCCCAGCUAACCCUUGUCGACUUGGUGUGUGCACUCAGCACUCUGCAGACUGACACGUUGCUGCACCUGGUGAAGGAGGUGGUGAAGAGGCCACCCCAAGUCAAAGGGGGUGAUGAGAAAUCGCCCCUAGUGGACAUUCCUGUGUUGCAGUUUUGCUAUGCUUUUCUCCAAAGGCUCCCAGUACCAGCCUUGCAAGAGAACUUUUCUUCACUGUUGGGAGUAUUGAAAGAGUCUGUACAGUUGAAUCUAGCCCCACCUGGGUAUUUUCUGCUUCUCAGCAUGCUGAAUGACUUUGUAACAAGAACUCCCAACCUGGAAAACAAGAAGGAUCAAAAAGACCUGCAGGAAAUCACUCAGAAAAUCCUAGAAGCUGUGGGGAACAUUGCCGGCUCUUCCUUGGAGCAAACCAGCUGGCUAAGCAGAAACCUAGAAGUGAAGGCCCAACCUCAGGCCUCUCUAGAAGAAUCUGAUGCUGAGGAGGACCUGUAUGAUGCUGCUGCAGCUUCAGCAAUGGUGUCUUCAUCCGCCCCGUCGGUGUACAGCGUGCAAGCCCUCUCUCUCCUGGCAGAGGUCCUGGCUUCCCUCCUGGACAUGGUUUAUCGAAGUGAUGAGAAGGAGAAAGCUGUGCCGUUAAUCUCCCGUCUGCUUUACUAUGUUUUUCCAUACUUACGCAACCACAGUGCCUACAAUGCUCCCAGCUUCCGGGCUAGCGCUCAGCUGCUGAGCUCCCUGAGUGGCUAUGCCUACACAAAACGAGCCUGGAGAAAGGAGGUCCUGGAGCUGUUUCUCGACCCCGCUUUCUUUCAGAUGGAUACUUCUUGUGUUCAUUGGAAGUCCAUUAUUGACCAUCUUUUGACUCAUGAGAAAACAAUGUUUAAGGAUUUAAUGAACAUGCAGAGCAGUUCUUUGAAACUAUUCUCAAGUUUUGAACAGAAAGCCAUGCUGUUAAAGCGCCAGGCUUUUGCUGUCUUCAGUGGAGAACUUGAUCAAUACCACCUUUACCUUCCACUGAUACAAGAACGCCUGACAGACAAUCUCAGAGUUGGACAGACAUCCAUAGUUGCUGCUCAGAUGUUUCUUUUUUUCAGAGUUUUGCUGCUAAGAAUAUCUCCUCAACAUUUGACUUCAUUGUGGCCAAUAAUGGUCUCUGAAUUGAUUCAGACAUUCACACAGCUUGAAGAAGAUCUAAAAGACGAAGAUGAGUCAUUGAGAAGCAGCAACAAAGUGAACAGAAUGAAAGUUUCAGUCCCGGAUGCAAACGGACCCUCAGUGGGGGAGAUACCCCAGAGUGAACUCAUCUUGUAUUUAUCAGCUUGCAAAUUCUUGGACACAGCGCUUUCUUUUCCACCUGACAAGAUGCCAUUAUUUCAAAUUUAUAGGUGGGCAUUUAUUCCGGAAGUGGACACAGAGGGCCCUGCCUUCCUGUCGGAUGUAGAGGAGAAUCACCAAGAAUGCAAACCCCACACUGUCAGGAUUCUAGAACUUCUAAAAUUAAAGUUUGGGGAAAUCAGUAGCUCUGAUGAGAUCACCAUGAAGAGUGAAUUCCCGCUUCUGCGCCAACAUUCUGUUUCCAGCAUCAGGCAGUUGAUGCCAUUCUUCAUGACUCUAAACGGUGCAUUUAAGACCCAGAGACAGCUGCCUGCUGAUACCGCAGGAGCUCCAUUCUUGGACUUUCCUGUCACAGAUAGCCCAAGGGUCUUAAAACAACUGGAAGAAUGCAUUGAAUAUGAUUUUCUGGAACAUCCAGAAUGUUAACCAUGCGAGAGAGAAUAUGUUUAAUCCAUGUAUUGGUACUUUACUGAAAACCAGGUUAUAUUCUAAAGAAGAAAGAAGGCAGGAUAGCGCUUUUAAACAAGCCUAUUUCCAUUUUGAAAGUAGAUUUCAGGCUAGGUACGGUGGCUCACACCUGUAAUUUCAGCACUUUGGGAGGCCAAGGCAGGCAGAUUACUUGAGGUCGAGUUCGAGACCAGCCUGACCAACAUGGUGAGACCCUAUCUCUACUAAAAAUACAAAAAUUAGCCGGGUGUGGUGGCGGCGCCUGUAAUCCCAGCUACUUGGGAGGCUAAGGCAUGAGAAUUGCUUGAACCCAGGAGGUGGAGGCUGCAGUGAGCUGAGAUCACGACACUGCACUCCAGCUGUGUGACAGAAUGAGACCAUCUCAAAAAAAAAAAAAGAAAGAAAAAAAGUAGAUUUCAGAUAAUUUGCUGUUCAGCAACAGGACACACCUCCCUAAAUGCCUUGUAAUAUAUUUGAAUCUGAUUCUGCAUUUCUUCCUCAAUUUAUGUAAUGAAAAUAAAAUUAAUAUAUCAUCUAACAGUAGCACAAAAUUUGUAAUAUGAAGUAAAGUAUGAAGAUAAUGAAGAAGUUGUUUUCUUUGUUGAAGCAGUUAUAUGGGUCUUUCUCAGUAUAUUUCUCUAAAAGUUUAAACUUAUUAAAAGAAUGUUAUUUUUAACCUUUCA